UCCGGAAAGGAGACCGAUGCGCAGACGUCAAAGAAGGUGAGGAAGAUGGGGAACCUUUUGAUGAAGAGCACGCUGUCGGUAGGGGCAGUGGGAUCUUCACGGCAGCGAUGUAGCGGUGUGGAAGGUGGCAGGCGGCCAUACGACCCGACGCUGUACAACCACCUACCAUCCCACGGAAUUCCUUUGCCUCCAAGUGACGCUGACGCCGACGAGCCUCGAUCCUCGACGGUUCCUCUGGGCAGCAGUUCGACGCAGGAUUGGAUGGGGAGCCAGUUGUAUAGACAGCCGAUGACACCUAUGUACACAAAGCUGUUGGAGAGACGGACCCUGACUGGCUAUGACGCUGGACUCGUCGAUCUCAGCUUCGGUUCGAGGUCUGGCAGUGGUCCGGAUGUGACACACACCGUUGUCGUCAAUCCAGUUGCAAGCAACAAGCACACACAGUCUUCGGUGAGGGCGGGGGGGCUUCCGGAUAACCGUGGCAGGUGUUCUCAUGAGUUGGCUGAUGAACGUGGAAUUGUUUCGCCAAAGCGCGGGGAAGGGAACACUGCAGGCGUGGUCGUUUUAAGGACGAAGACAGCGGGCGAGGUGGCCUGUCGAUCGACGAUGCCCAAUGAAGCAAUCGACGGACGACGAGACAACGAUGACUGCUCUGCUACAGAGGUGACGGGUCGGCAGGUUUGGGACGAUCAUCGACGAGAAACUUGGCAAGCGAUCACUUCCGGCAUGAUCACGAGAGGGGUGGCAAACAUGAACUUCGGGGGAGACGACAUCUUCGUCGAUUGCGAUGGUGCAGGUGGCAAUGAUUACUCGGGAAACGAUGACGACCGUGAGGACAGCGAAAACGACGACGGCGAGACUGAGAUUUGUCGUUGGGGAGGAAGAGAGGUGGGUCCCGAGGCAGUGAGAAGGUUAUGAUACCACGCGCAGGGAGACAAG